CACGUGACUUUAACUUCGAUGGUCAGUCAGAAAUGUGAAAAAUUUCAGGAAUUUAUUACAAACUGUGCCUUUCUCUGACUGUAUACCUGAAGUUGGAUACUUCAGUGACAUUAACAAAUACCCAAACAUUGUACUAACAUACAGAAGGAUCAAGGAGUUUUGUAUCAGGCCUAUAGGCAAGGGAAUAAUGCCCACAAUGACACAACAAGAGUUCGAAGAUGAUAAUUCCAUACGGAUGAAGGCUGUUUAUAGUGGGGAUAUUAUGGUGACCCAGAUAGACCCAUCUAUUACCUACGAUGGCUUAUGUGAUGAGAUGCGUGAUAUAUGCCAGUUUGACAAGGUUCAGCCGUUCACUAUGAAGUGGGUAGAUGAGGAGGGGGACCCAUGUACAAUAUCAUCACAAAUGGAGUUAGAUGAGGCUAUCAGACUUUAUGAAGUGAACAAAGACUCUGAGAUCACAAUCCAUGUUUUCCCAAAUGUGCCAGAUAGGCCAGGCUUGCCAUGCGCUGGAGAAGAUCGCAAUGUAUAUAGAAGAGGUGCUAGAAGAUGGAGAAAGCUCUAUAGGAUCAAUGGUCACAGGUUCCAGGCUAAAAGGUUCAGUAGGAAAGCAUUUUGUGCAUUCUGCUCUGACAGAAUCUGGGGACUGGGAAGGCAGGGAUUCAAAUGUGUGGACUGCAAACUUCUGGUACACAAGAAGUGUCACAAACUAGUCAAGAUGACCUGUGGAGCUCCUGUGGAGCCUACAAAGGGGAGAGAAGAUGACUCAAUGCUCUCAGCUACUAGUGAAUCUAAUGGAGAACAGCUAACAGAGAAAGGUGAUGCUCCUGCACCAAACACAAUAAAAACAGACACAACCACUGAAGAGAAUGGAGAUAGCAGGAGCUCAGGCCUAACAAAGUCAGGGAUUACAUUGGACGACUUUGAUAUGAUACGCGUCAUAGGAAGAGGCAGUUAUGCUAAGGUGCUACUGGUCGAACAGAAGAAGACGAACAGACUUUACGCAAUGAAAGUCAUCAAGAAGGAAGUAGUCAAUGAUGAUGAGGACAUAGACUGGGUCCAGACAGAGAAACAUGUAUUUGAGUCCGCCUCCAACCAUCCCUUCCUAGUUGGACUCCACUCAUGCUUCCAAACACCUAGCAGGCUGUUCUUUGUCAUAGAGUUUGUGAAUGGUGGAGACAUGAUGUUCCAUAUGCAGCGGCAGAGAAGGCUGCCAGAAGAACAUGCACGCUUCUAUGCAGCUGAAAUAUGUCUUGCUCUAAACUUCCUUCAUGUGAAAGGUAUUGUAUACAGAGAUCUGAAACUUGACAAUGUC